GUUUUUGAAAGUAUUUGACCAACAGAACAUGAGGCAUGGAAGAGUUCUGAGGUUAUCAGCUGCUUUGGGCUGAGCAUCAUCAUCUUUGCCCAAGUGGAUUUAGGCUUCCAAGACAGGCCUUCAGACAGUCCAAUGGCAGACCAAAGGAUGGACAUAUCUUCUACAAUUAGUGACUUUAUGUCACCAGACCCUGCUGACUUGAUCUCCAGUUCCCUUAGCACUUCAGGAAUGGACUGUAAUAGGAAAAGAAAGGGAAGCUCAACUGAUUAUCAACUCGAUGGCUUUCCUUUUGAGGAAGGUAUGGAUACAGAUAAAGAUGACCAACAUGGCAGAUUGGAGUAUGCAGACCAACAAGGCAGGAUAAAAAAUGCAAGGGAGGCUCACAGCCAGAUCGAGAAGCGGCGCAGGGAUAAGAUGAACAGCUUCAUCGACGAGCUGGCCUCGCUGGUGCCCACGUGCAACGCCAUGUCCCGCAAGCUGGACAAGCUCACCGUGCUCAGGAUGGCUGUCCAGCACAUGAAAACACUUCGUGGUGCUACAAACCCAUAUACAGAAGCAAACUACAAGCCUGCUUUUCUAUCAGACGAUGAAUUAAAACACCUUAUUCUCAGGGCAGCAGAUGGAUUCCUUUUUGUGGUGGGCUGUGACAGAGGAAAGAUACUGUUUGUUUCAGAAUCUGUCUUCAAGAUCCUCAACUACAGUCAGAAUGAUUUGAUUGGUCAAAGUUUAUUUGAUUAUCUCCAUCCUAAAGACAUUGCCAAAGUGAAGGAGCAGCUCUCUUCUUCUGACACCGCGCCACGAGAAAGGCUUAUAGAUGCAAAAACCGGACUCCCGGUCAAGACGGACAUCACGCCCGGGCCCUCGCGCCUCUGCUCCGGGGCACGGCGCUCCUUCUUCUGCAGGAUGAAGUGCAACAGGCCCUCUGUCAAGGUAGAAGACAAGGAUUUCCCUUCAACCUGCUCAAAGAAGAAAGGGCAACAGCCAUCCUGGCAUACCUACCCCAGGAGCUUCUAGGUACUUCGUGUUAUGAAUAUUUCCAUCAAGAUGAUAUAGCACAUCUUGCAGAAUGUCACAGACAAGUUUUGCAGACAAGAGAAAAAAUCACAACUAACUGCUACAAGUUUAAAAUAAAAGAUGGCUCUUUUAUUACGUUGCGGAGUCGCUGGUUCAGUUUCAUGAACCCUUGGACCAAAGAAGUAGAAUACAUUGUCUCCACAAACACAGUGGUUUCCACGGCGGGCCUGGAGAGCGGGGACGCGGCGUUCCCGCAGCUGGCGGCGUCCCCGCACAGCAUGGACAGCGUGCUCCAGCCUGGGGAAGGUGGCCCCAAAAGGACCCAUCCCACUGUGCCUGGAAUUCCAGGUGGAACAAGAGCUGGGGCAGGUAAAAUAGGGAGGAUGAUUGCUGAAGAAAUCAUGGAGAUUCACAGGAUAAGAGGAUCAUCCCCUUCCAGCUGUGGCUCAAGUCCCCUGAACAUCACCAGCACGCCCCCGCCCGACACGUCCUCGCCAGGAGGGAAGAAGAUCUUGAAUGGUGGCACUCCAGACAUUUCUUCAGCUGGGCUGCUGUCUGGGCAAAUCCAGGAUAAUUCUGGGUACCCAUAUUCCGACAACUCCUCUAUCCUGGGGGAGAACUCCCACAUCGGCAUGGACAUGAUCGACACGGAGCAGGGCUCCAGCAGCCCCAGCAACGACGAGGCGGCCAUGGCGGUCAUCAUGAGCCUGCUGGAGGCCGACGCGGGGCUCGGCGGCCCUGUGGACUUCAGCGACCUGCCCUGGCCCCUGUGAGGAGCCACAGCCAAGUGCAUUUACUGCUGGGGCUCUGCGGAACCCGUGGGACUGAGAGGCUUUUAUGUGGGAACUUCAUAAAAGCUGCGUCAGAAUGCAACUCAUCCUACCAUGUGUAACUUCAGACAAAGUGGAAUAACCUGCUACAGUGUUCUGUGUUGAUUUGGUUAGCUGUGUAUAGCUUGCAAUACUUGUAUAUUUUGGAUUCUGUUGUUUGAAAUUUUUUUUAAAUCACUGUGCGACUCACUGGCAUCAGUGGUAGCUUUUAUAUGCAAAUGACCAUUUCAGAUGUAUGGUGUGUUUUUACACUGCAAAACAGUCCCCAUGUGGAUAUUUCUUAUACUAAUUGUACCAUAAAGCCGUUUAUUCUUUCUUGUAAGAAUCCUUUACUAUAAAUAUUGUUAAAGUGUAAUGUAUUAGACAGUUAAAUAUUUUUAAAAUAAAUGUUUCCCUUGUUCUAAGAUGGAGCAUUUACUUUGAUAAAUAAAUUUGAUAAAACCCUGCUGAAGGUGCAUGCUAGAA